AUGUUUCUGGCAUCCAAACUUCGACUGCUUAUACUUAGAGAGCCCUUGCUAAGACCAUCCCAACUGUCACCAUUUCAAUUAUUCAUUCAGGAAGCUAGGACCAACCUAAGAUUUGAUAUAUACCUGUUUCUUCUAUUGCUGAUGAUAUGCUUUGGAAUUGUUCUAAUAUUUUUCAGAAGUCCACGGGACAGAAGUAGUACCCUUUUAUAUAUUGUCGGGUUUCUUCUUAUAUUCUGUUCAUACAAUCUUCAGAAAGUUAUUGAAGCCAACAGAACGCUUAAUAAGUCGGUAGUACAACCAAAUACCACUAAAAACACAUGGUCCUGGGCUUCAUGGAUGAGCUCAUGGAGAGCAAGGCUUACAAAUCCCUUCGGAAUCGGCCACAAGUCCUAUCUUCUUUCCAAUACAAAUCUUCCGAGUCUUGAGAGGAAAGGUGGUACCGUACCUUAUUUGGUUUCAUAUAAAAUCCUCCCAGAGUCUGAAAAGGGAAAGUCUACAGAGGUGAAUCCUAGCAUUGGAGGCUCUGGUCUUAAGAAAGGUAAUUCUCUGGCGACUUUAAAAAGAGAGGACCAAGGCGUCCGUUUAGAAGAAAGCACAUUUAAAGAGGGGAAAUAUUUGGAGGGGAGACCAUCCAAUAGUGUCCUUCAAGAACAUUACAUUCCCAAGAAUCCCAAAUCCUUAACAAUUAGUAGAAGGGAUGGCAACACAGGGGAAAAAGAGGUUCUUCUUGGGAAUCUAAUGAAGAUAUUUCAAUUCAAGGCUGAGACGGAUGAAAACCUUCAGAAACAUCUUCUGAAUUUUAGGAGCAUCGAAGCACAAGUCAGCAAAAUUCUAGAAGAGUUCUCCAAGAUAUUUAAACCAUUUAUGAAAGAGGCAGAAAAGAUCGAAGGCGAGAUGGUCGAAUUCAAUGCCUCUACAAGAUAUUUAAACAUAUCUGUAAAUGAAUUGAAGACGGAAAUCGGGAAGUGGUUUUUUGAUCUUCCAAAGUUUAAAGCCAGCCGCGAGGUUCCAAACUAUCUUUCAACAUUAGCCAGAAAUUAUCAGAAUAGUGAAGGCAUUGAGAACGGAGAUAUGAGCCCGAUAAUUAGAUAUGAAAACUUCAUGAUGUUUCUUCUUGUAGUUGAAAUGAUACUUUCCCUGCUUUUAUUUCUCUCUGUUCUGGCAAAGCUUGAGAUAGCAGCCUAUAUUCUAAAACCUGUUGUAUCGGUAGGGCUUAUUGUGGUAACUCUGCUAAGUGUUAUAUUCCUUCUCAAUGGCCAGAUGCUUGACAGAACCUGCAAGUCCGGGGCUAUCAAGGGAUGUAGCUUCACUCCAACACUUAUAGAUGGAGUGAAAAGACUCCAAAUAGUAUCUAAAGCUGAUGAUCUUGAGGGUCAGCUCGGCGUUAUUCUGAAGGAAAGCGAAUACAUCACAGAAGUUUUGAGGUUGUAUGUAAGAACCAUGAUAGAUACACGAGUCAAUGCAAAGAUAUCUGUCUUCUCGAACUUAUUCAACAAGAUAUUAUUUGUAUAUGAUGAUUUUGACAAUCUAACGAAAAGAAAGGUUGAUAAAAGCACCUUCUACAACUAUAUAAAGAUGAUGAGUAGACUUCUGGAAAACAUUGCAAGUCUUUUGGAGCUUUCAGAAAGGAAAGACAUGGUGGAUAUCUAUGCCAAUGAAAAAGCUUUUCUAUUUUGGCUGAACGCUGAGAAGGGAGCUGUAGUUGAAUCGAUACGAGAGAUUACAGAGGCUGGACCGGCAGAUCGGUCUGGAAUGCCCCCGAAAUGGUGUUCAAAUGCAUUAGAGAGUAUAUGUGAUGCAAGGAAUGGAGUGGAUACAUUAUUUCUGCUAACUAUGCUUGGAGGUCCGGCCUUUUUGGUUCUUCUUUAUCUGUAA